CUCCUACGUGUAUUUCAACGUAUGGAAAGAUAACUGUACAGUGUUGGCCUACGUGUCUAUUCUACGAAUUACCUAGGUUUGGUCUAUCACGUAUCUUAGAAUGUGCGUAAGCCAUUGCACAUAAUCAGCAUAACACAUUGACGCAAAGGUUUGGGUAACCUUUGUUAUUUUAAACAUAAGUUCAUCUUCAACUUUCAAUUUCAGCGCUUUAAUUUUUCUUUAUAACAUAUAUUUAUAACUAUAACUUGUAUUGCUAGCACUAGUUCCUGAUAGUGAUACACUAAUUCAGUAAUUCACUGACAAAGAGUUUGGGAGCAAACAGAGGGAAGGAAUAUGGACCUUAAAGUAUUUUUUGGAAAUGCUGCAAUUGUAUGUACUGUUGCAAGCUUUUUCAGUGGGGCAUUUGUUUGCAAAAAAAUCUGGAGAAAGGGAUCCAGUGCAGAUAUAUCUCCAUUUCCAUUUUUAGCAGGUGUCUUAUGUGGUGUUUUGUGGCUUCGUUAUGGACUUUUUGUGAAAGAUCCAGUUGUGAUUUCUGUCAAUACAAUUGGUCUUUUGUUCCAGACUAUUUAUGUCCUGUGGUAUUAUGUGUUCACUCUAAAUAAGAGUACAUUGCACAGACAGUUGCUUGGGACUGUAAUUCUUCUUGGUGGAUUAUUUUAUUAUCUUAUUUACCUCACUAAAGAUGAGAGUAGUGCAAUCCAGGCUUCAGGACUAAUGGCCAGUGCAUCAAGUUUGAUGUUCUGUGCUGCUCCUUUUGCCUCAUUGGCUGAUGUUAUCAAGACUAAGAGUGUUGAAAACUUGCCAUUUCCCAUCAUCAUCUCUACUUUUGUGGUAACAUCUUUGUGGUUUAUAUAUGGUUUCUUGUUGAACGACAAAUAUAUUCAGGUUCCCAACUUCAUUGGCUGUUUGCUGGCUCUGUUUCAGUUGUCUUUGUUUGCCAUUUAUCCAUCUAAGAGACACAAUGUUGAUAAUGAAAAAUGUUUAGAUGAUGUUGCAUGACAACAGUCCAUUAUGUCCAUCUAAAUUUCUCUUCAGUCAUCUUUAACUUCAAGACUUUAUUUUAACUAUGAAAUCACUUUUAACUGGAGGAUCUGCUAAUCUUUGAAGUGCAAAGUCCAGUGGGAUAUGUCAGUAAUUACAUUUUGUUGAUUGAAAAGUUGCUAAUUUGGCAUUAUUUACUUAUUUAGCUUUUAUUAAGAAAUAUGAAACAUUCCUUUCUUUAUAUGAAAAUAAAUUAUUUUUUGCAACUUGUGGGCUUACUUGUGGCUCAUAUAUGUUAUAUGAUGGUUUCUUCUGAAUGAAAAUAUGUAGUACUAGAUUAUUAUAAUAUUCAGGUAAUUGUUCAAUCUUAAUGAUCUGUAAGUAACAGAGUGUAUAAAAUAUUUACAUUGUUAUAUGGCUACAAAACUGAGGUUUUGAUCUCUCAAUUCAUGUAAAACUUUAAAUCUUUGCCUGUUAAUCUUUUUCUCACAUGUUCGGUUCAAUAGCUAUGAAGUUAUACAUAGUAAUGUUUACUAUAAUUCUGAAUUUACUAAAUGUGUAUUCAUAAAAUUUGGCAAGCUUUUAGCAAACAUUUACAAGUAUGUUCUACACAAAAAAAAAACAUUUUUAAUAAAGUUGUUUUGUAAAAGCUG